AUGAAUUCAAAUUCAAAGGAUGGAAAUGGCAACACUUCAUUAUGUCUUUCUCUUAGAACAAAUGCAGAGGACUUCCGAAAGUUACUAGUAGCAGGAGCUGAUCCGUUUUCUAAAGAAGAAAAUAUAUUAGAGAAAUGUGUCAUGUUGGAUGAUCUUUCCUUUCUUAACGUGCUGCUUCAGGAGCAAGGAACAACAUUUAUAUGCAAUAGUCUCUUUUCCAAAUUUUGGGAGCGACAAAAUGGUGUUACGUUUUUAAGAAACAGAUCUCUCAUCGCAGCUGUGACAUUACAGAUGUUAAGUUCACCCAAGGAGCUUAACGUAAAUGUAAUAAAUCGCCUAAGGACAACACCUCUUCUCUACUUUUGUGAACAAAAUGAAGAUGUGGUUGUAGAGAGGCUGCUAGAAAGGGGAGCAGAUGUUAAUAUCAUAGACAAUCAUGGACGGACAGCACUGCAUACAGUACUUCACUCGGAGGAUAAAAAUGUUAGAUAUCAUAUUCUUUCGCUAUUAAUGAAGAAGAAUCCCGAUUUGAACAUUAAAGAUGCAUCUGGGAUGACAGUUUUUCAAAGAGCAAUGGAGGAAUACGAAGGAUACCUUUGCAAUAGGCGCACCGAUUUCAAAUGGUUAUCAGUUUUUAUGAAAGAGGCGUUACUUGCAGGAGAAAUUUGCGGAAAGUCUCGUUUAAAUUUCUUGCUUGUAUUAGCAUCUCACAGAAAACAUUUUAAUUUUAUGACCAUUUUGGUUGACAAAGGUGCAGAUUUGUCAGUCAAAGAGUAUCAAAGUGGAAUUUUACAUCUAUGCUGGUCACGCAAGUUCCAUGAUGAAGAGAGACAGAACGAGUCUUAUAAAGAAUUUCUGGAUUUCCUGCUGAUAUUUAAAAAACACGGUGGAAAAUUGGAUGACGUGGACAGAAAUGGGAACACGCCACUUUUGUUGUUUUUGAAGCAUGGACUUAACGACUUCGACGACAAUCAGGAUAAACUUGUGGAUCUGAUAGAUGAGAUAGUGUCACUUCUUGCUUGUGACGGAUCGACAGUAAGAAAACGGGAUAAGACAGGAUUAUCAGCUAUACAAAUUGUCUCAUCAAAAGGAUGGUUAAGCACAAUGAAAAUCCUUGUACAAAAGGGGGCCAACAUUUCCGAAAAGGAUGACAAACAAAAUACACGUCGUCAUCUUUGCCUCAUGGGAGGUAUAUUUUGA